AUGGUCCCUGAAGGGGCUCAGAAGAGGAACAGGAAGGAGGAUCAAGCCGGCCAACACCCUGAAGUGAGGAGGGCUCAGAAGAGGAACAGGAAGGAGGAUCAAGCCGGCCAACACCCUGAAGUGAGGAGGGCUCAGAAGAGGAACAGGAAGGAGGAUCAAGCCGGCCAACACCCUGAAGUGAGGAGGGCUCAGAAGAGGAACAGGAAGGAGGAUCAAGCCGGCCAACACCCUGAAGUGAGGAGGGCUCAGAAGAGGAACAGGAAGGAGGAUCAAGCCGGCCAACACCCUGAAGUGAGGAGGGCUCAGAAGAGGAACAGGAAGGAGGAUCAAGCCGGCCAACACCCUGAAGUGAGGAGGGCUCAGAAGAGGAACAGGAAGGAGGAUCAAGCCGGCCAACACCCUGAAGUGAGGAGGGCUCAGAAGAGGAACAGGAAGGAGGAUCAAGCCGGCCAACACCCUGAAGUGAGGAGGGCUCAGAAGAGGAACAGGAAGGAGGAUCAAGCCGGACAACACCCUGAAGUGAGGAGGGCUCAGAAGAGGAACAGGAAGGAGGAUCAAGCCGGCCAACACCCUGAAGUGAAGAGGGCUCAGAAGAGGAACAGGAAGGAGGAUCAAGCCGGCCAACACCCUGAAGUGAGGAGGGCUCAGAAGAGGAACAGGAAGGAGGAUCAAGCCGGCCAACACCCUGAAGUGAGGAGGGCUCAGAAGAGGAACAGGAAGGAGGAUCAAGCCGGCCAACACCCUGAAGUGAGGAGGGCUCAGAAGAGGAACAGGAAGGAGGAUCAAGCCGGCCAACACCCUGAAGUGAGGAGGGCUCAGAAGAGGAACAGGAAGGAGGAUCAAGCCGGCCAACACCCUGAAGUGAGGAGGGCUCAGAAGAGGAACAGGAAGGAGGAUCAAGCCGGCCAACACCCUGAAGUGAAGAGGGCUCAGAAGAGGAACAGGAAGGAGGAUCAAGCCGGCCAACACCCUGAAGUGAGGAGGGCUCAGAAGAGGAACAGGAAGGAGGAUCAAGCCGGCCAACACCCUGAAGUGAGGAGGGCUCAGAAGAGGAACAGGAAGGAGGAUCAAGCCGGCCAACACCCUGAAGUGAGGAGGGCUCAGAAGAGGAACAGGAAGGAGGAUCAAGCCGGCCAACACCCUGAAGUGAGGAGGGCUCAGAAGAGGAACAGGAAGGAGGAUCAAGCCGGCCAACACCCUGAAGUGAAGAGGGCUCAGAAGAGGAACAGGAAGGAGGAUCAAGCCGGCCAACACCCUGAAGUGAGGAGGGCUCAGAAGAGGAACAGGAAGGAGGAUCAAGCCGGCCAACACCCUGAAGUGAGGAGGGCUCAGAAGAGGAACAGGAAGGAGGAUCAAGCCGGCCAACACCCUGAAGUGAGGAGGGCUCAGAAGAGGAACAGGAAGGAGGAUCAAGCCGGCCAACACCCUGAAGUGAGGAGGGCUCAGAAGAGGAACAGGAAGGAGGAUCAAGCCGGCCAACACCCUGAAGUGAGGAGGGCUCAAAAGAGGAACAGGAAGGAGGAUCAAGCCGGCCAACACCCUGAAGUGAGGAGGGCUCAAAAGAGGAACAGGAAGGAGGAUCAAGCCGGCCAACACCCUGAAGUGAGGAGGGCUCAGAAGAGGAACAGGAAGGAGGAUCAAGCCGGCCAACACCCUGAAGUGAGGAGGGCUCAGAAGAGGAACAGGAAGGAGGAUCAAGCCGACCAACACCCUGAAGUGAGGAGGGCUCAGAAGAGGAACAGGAAGGAGGAUCAAGCCGGCCAACACCCUGAAGUGAGGAGGGCUCAGAAGAGGAACAGGAAGGAGGAUCAAGCCGGCCAACACUCUGAAGUGAGGAGGGCUCAGAAGAGGAACAGGAAGGAGGAUCAAGCCGGCCAACACCCUGAAGUGAGGAGGGCUCAGAAGAGGAACAGGAAGGAUGAUCAAGCCGGCCAACACUCUGAAGUGAGGAGGGCUCAGAAGAGGAACAGGAAGGAGGAUCAAGCCGGCCAACACCCUGAAGUGAGGAGGGCUCAGAAGAGGAACAGGAAGGAGGAUCAAGCCGGCCAACACCCUGAAGUGAGGAGGGCUCAGAAGAGGAACAGGAAGGAGGAUCAAGCCGGCCAACACCCUGAAGUGAGGAGGGCUCAAAAGAGGAACAGGAAGGAGGAUCAAGCCGGCCAACACCCUGAAGUGAGGAGGGCUCAGAAGAGGAACAGGAAGGAGGAUCAAGCCGGCCAACACCCUGAAGUGAGGAGGGCUCAGAGGAGGAACAGGAAGGAGGAUCAAGCCGGCCAACACCCUGAAGUGAGGAGGGCUCAGAAGAGGAACAGGAAGGAGGAUCAAGCCGGCCAACACCCUGAAGUGAGGAGGGCUCAGAAGAGGAACAGGAAGGAGGAUCAAGCCGGCCAACACCCUGAAGUGAGGAGGGCUCAAAAGAGGAACAGGAAGGAGGAUCAAGCCGGCCAACACCCUGAAGUGAGGAGGGCUCAGAAGAGGAACAGGAAGGAGGAUCAAGCCGGCCAACACCCUGAAGUGAGGAGGGCUCAGAAGAGGAACAGGAAGGAGGAUCAAGCCGGCCAACACCCUGAAGUGAGGAGGGCUCAAAAGAGGAACAGGAAGGAGGAUCAAGCCGGCCAACACCCUGAAGUGAGGAGGGCUCAGAAGAGGAACAGGAAGGAGGAUCAAGCCGGCCAACACCCUGAAGUGAGGAGGGCUCAGAAGAGGAACAGGAAGGAGGAUCAAGCCGGCCAACACCCUGAAGCAGAAGAUGAGGCAGACCUCAAUCCCAUGGAUAAUACCAUCAUGCUACAACAAGCCUUGGGAGAAUAA